GCCCUGGUUCCGUUCCGUGCUUCCCAGACUCUCAUUCCUCUUCUCCCCUCCCCGAUCCCCCUUAUCGCCACCAUGCUGUCACUCUCGCACCCGCACCCCGCCGCGUCCACCACCGCGCCGCGCCACCAGCGGACGCCCCGCGCCGCCACUCCCGUGUGGCGCCGCCGUCGCGCCAGCCACAUCGUCGCGAGCGCCAUCCUGCUCCCCGGCGGCGGCAGCACUGGCGGCGGUGGCGGGCCCGGCGACCGGAGGCUCCCCUUCACGCCGCCCCCGAUGGCACCACCGGGCCAGCUCUACCAGCCGUUCCACCCGCCGCCGUCCCCUCUCCCGCCCAGCCUUCGCAACCUCGACCUCACCCAGCGCCUCCAGAUCCUCCGCGACCGCAUGGGCCUGUGGCACGAGUACGCGCCCCUCAUCGCCUCGCUCUCCCGUGACGGCUUCAACCCGUCCUCCAUCCAGGAGGCCACGGGCAUCUCGGGCGUCGAGCAGAACUCCCUCGUCGUCGCGUCCCAGGUCCGCGACUCGCUCCUCGACGACAAGGUUGCCGCGUUCCCGCCCGACCUGCUCCCGUACUUCGACUCCUACGGCGGACCCGACCUCCUGUACGAGCUCCGCUUCCUGAACGCGCGCCAGCGUGCCGACGCCGCCAGGCACGCCAUCGACUACAGGCUCGAACCCAAGGGCGUGCGGGAGCUGGCGCGCGCCAUGAAGGGCUUCCCGCGCUGGCGCGGGGAGGAAGGCUGGGAGGCCUUCGGGAGGGACUCCCCCGCCGACUGCCUCGCCUACGCGCGGUUCCGCCAGUCGAGGGAGGCCAUCGACGUGGAGGAGCGCAUUGCGGAGCUGGAGCGCGCGCUGCAGGUGGUGGAGACCGAGUCCGGUAGGGCGCGCGUGGAGCUCGAGCUGGAGCGCGCCAGGAAGAAGGCGGCCGGGGAGGAGGUGGUGGAGGAGGAUGACCCUGCCGCCUCGCGGCCCAACGUCACGGUGGUGCGGCUCCAGUACGGCGAAGUCGCCGAGGCGACCACCGUCUUCAUGCUGCCGGUGGUCAGGGAGACGGACGGCGUCGCGGCCAUGGAGUCGGCGCCCAGGCGGACCAAGACGGACGUGGACCUUGGCAUUGUGGAGGUGGACAAGGCGUGGGCGCGGUGGGCCGUGCUGCCCGGAUGGGGCCCCGUGGCCGAGGCAGCGGACGACGCCGUCGUCGUCGAGCUUGCGGACGGCCGGAGGCUGCCGUGGCGCACGGCCGAUGAGGAGCCGGUGCUAGUCAUUGCCAACCGGAGCAAGAAGGAGGUCGUGGAGCAGGGGAUAUACGUCCUCGAGAAGGAUGGCCGGCUUGUGGUGGAGAGGGGGAAGAAGCUGGCUGAGCAGGGCAUAGCCGCGGCAGCUGCCGAGGUGGUUAUCGUUGUCCGGCCGCCCAAGGAUGAGGACGGCAUGAUUAGCGACGAGGAGUGGGACUGAUCACUGAUCUGGAGAGGAGGUUUAUCAAGGGUUUUGCUUGGUUUUGGAGAUGCCAAUUUCUCUUUCUCCAUUGGGUGGUAAUUGGUGGUAAAGCUUUCCCCUUCUCUUCUUUACAGUCUCGAGUCGAUCGAUCGAUGAAUAAGAGCAACGAAUUGCCGCCUCAUGUUGUUUCGGUACAUGCCAUAGGAACUAUUCUCUGUAGUCCCUUAGCCUUAGCCUUGCAUUGCUGGCUAUUCUUUCCCCACAUUAUAUUUGCAAAACUACGGUCUUGUUUAGUUCAA